GAUCCUUGAGUCUUUGAUGUGCCUUGUGAAUCUGGGUGGAGGGGCUGGGGGUGUAGCAUCUCCCUAAUACUUGACUAUAGGACCUGUUCUACCAGCAAUAGGUAUGGGCAUCUUAAGGGACCCGGUUUGAAAAAGGCUGAUUUAAGCUAAAGAAAGAGGGGGAUCUUUUGUAGAAAGAUGCAUCCUGAAAAAUACGUUUUGUUGGCUUGAGCAAGCUAAAGAUGCUUCAUGGAAAAGCAUGGCAGGAUCAGGCAUCAGAGCCCUCGGGCACAAAGGACCCCCUGAUGCCCGUUCCCGAGGGGGCCUGGGGUGUGUGCUGUCUCCAUUUCCUUUGUGUUUGUUAAAAUGACGGUAUGACAGCAUUAAUGAUCAGAAUCAGACAUUGCCUCUCCCACAGGCAGUCCUGCCAUCUGGCCAUCUGAGUCCAUGUCUCUCUUACAGCCCUUGUCCACCAGGGGCUGGCUACAUGUUCAGAUCUUUGCGACCAAGCCUGGGCAUCGUUUUAUGUAUUUAUUUUCUUCCCUACUUACUGUUAUUUUGUAAGACAUUUUUAUGUGGCUGUAUUGUCCUCUUAAUUACAAUUUUGGUUGCUUAACAAUUUUUUUCAAGUGAUUCUGCUCCUAAUGCAGACAUUUUAAAGCUGCGCGUGCAAACCCCAUGUGUAUUUUCCUUCCUUCAGAUUCUUUUCUUCUAAGUCGUUUCUGGGGGGUGUUAAGUGGUGUGGGUGUCUCUUGGCUUUGGCUGCUCCUUGCCUGGGGCCUAUAGGAUGUCUCCCUCUGAGAUGUGAGGUUUUGAAACGUCACCCCUGACCUGUGGCGUUAGACGGGGGAGGUGAAGGUCCAGAUUCGUUCUGACCUAACAGCUCCUCUGGAUCUGGUUCCCUGUCUCUCUUCAUUUCUCUCCCCUGUCACCUUCUCCCAGCCUCUGCUCUGAUGGUGUCCAGCUUCCCCUUCUCUCGGCUAUAGGACGUGGUUAUCUCUAGACAGCUAUGCUCUUCCUCUUUGCAGGCCAGGCCUUUGCUGUUGCCCUGAUCUCCGCCACCACAGACUAGCAGUGGUGUGUUGGGGUUCCUCUGUCCUAACCAGCUCCCUCCCACUCAACCCCCUAACGGUGAGAGGGGCCCAGGAAAGGCAGGGUCCUGGUGUGGAGGGAAGGAGGAAAUCGGUUUCGCAGUUAAGGGGCCACAGAUGUUCUUUACUGCCCGUUACGAGCAUGCCUGUCUCCUUCCUGUCUGUCAUGAAUGCGACCCACGUGCUGCAGAGAAGACCUGGCAGCAAGCCUCCAGGGCAGUGCAAACCUCUCUGGUACCUAGAAUUAAGGCACUCAGAGCUGAGGAGGCCUUGGGGACCGCUUAGUCUAGUCCCUUUUUCUCACAGCUGAGAAAACGGGCAGAUGCGGAGAAUGUCUGUCCCAAGGUUGCGCAGUGAGUCCCUCCUCCCCCACAUUUGCUUCCUCUCCCUGCCAGACACCAACUGGGCACCGUCUCACCUUCAUCCGCAUCUGUUGGGCGGACAAAGCCACUUCUCUCUUUAAACCUUCCCUAAAGAAACCAUGGAGAUAGAUGGACAGGAAGCUCUUCUUCCAGAGCCACUCCCGGUGAGGUGGCUGUUGAAAGGAUGCAGUAUUCACCCAUUCCCUAAGUGUGAGGCUGCGUGUCCACCUGACACCCAGAUGGACAAAGAGAAGCGGAACAGCGUCGCAGGUUAAGGGUACAAAUGGAACCAGGUGCUGGGUUCAAAUCCCUGUGCAGAGGCUCAGAGAGGAACAGGACAGGGGAGCCACGGCUGAGAACGGCAUACGUCUCUGCUCACUGGCCAAUGAGCUCUCUGUGCCUUCAUGGUGUCAUCAGUAAAAGGGCAAUAAUAGGAUUAACAGAUGUAAUAAAUAUAAAGGCAGAAUGUACUUAAUAAGUGCUAUCUAAGUGUUAGAAAAAAACAAAACAGAAAGGCAGAGAAACAGAAAAGAAAGGCACUAACCAGGUGAUGUAGGCAGCCAGUGCUGGGAGUGGAUAGGGCACGCCUCUUACAGGAAUUGACUUUUCAGCUGGGCUGCGAAAGAUAAAGAGUAUUCCCGUCUCCAAACCUUUACAACAGUCCCCUCUUAUCCACAGUUUUACCUCCUGUGAUUUUACUUACUCAUGGUGAUCUGGGUGUGGAAAUAUUAAAUAGAAAAUUCCAGAAAUAAACAAUUCAUAUAUUUUAAAUUGCAUGCCACUCUGAGCAGCGUGAUGCAAUCUCCUGUGGGCCUGCUCUGCCUUUCCCGUGAUGUGAGUCAUCCCUUUGUCCGGCGUCCCCACGCGGUAGAUGCUUCCCACCGUUAGUCACUUAGCUGUCUCCGUCAUCAGAUCGACUGUGUCACAGUGCUUGUGUUCAAGGAACCCUUAUUUUACUUAAUAAUGGCCCCAAAGCUAUUCACAUAAUUUUUAUUCACAUAACUUUCAUUACAGUAUAUUGCUAUAAUUUUUCUAUUUUUCUAUUUCUAUUUUCAAUAUUAGUUAUUGUUGUUAGUCUCCCCCUGUGCCUAAUUCAUAAAUUAAACUUAAUCAGAGGUACACAUGUAUAAAAAAGUCAUAGUAUAUUGCCCAGCUGUGUGGCUCAGUGGUCGAGCAUCGACCUAGGAACCAGGAAGUCAUAGUUCUAUUCCCAGGCAGGGCAUAUGCCCGGGUUUUGGGCUCGAUCCCAGUAGGGGGCAUACAGGAGGCAGCCUAUCAAUGAUUCUCUCUCAUCGUUGAUGUUUCUAUCUCCCUCUCCCUUCCUCUCUGAAAUCAAUAAAAAUAUAUUUUUAAAAAAAUCAUAGUAUAUAUAGGGUUCAGUAUUAUCUGGGGUUUCAGGCUUCCACUGGGGGGUCUUGCAACAUAUUCCCCAUAGAUAUGGGGGUUGGGGGACUCCUGUAUUGUAUUUGUUGUGUCUUAUUCGAAGUUCCAGAGGACUUGGAAGACUGUGGAACCGUGAUUGAAAAUUCUUUCUUUUCAGCAAACGGCCUUGUUUCAUGUGAAGAGGAAUGCAGCCUGGGAUUCCCCAGGGCUCUGCUGUCAUCCUGUGGGACCUUAAGAUAAUCAUCAAACCCUUUGGGCUUCGGGCUUCCCCUCUGUGCAGUGGGAAUGAGCCGAGAUGCCGCGCCAGUUCCCCAAGCUGAACAUCUCUGAGGUGGACGAGCAAGUCCGGCUCCUGGCCGAGAAGGUGUUCGCUAAAGUGCUCCGAGAAGAGGACAGCAAAGAUGCCCUGUCCCUCUUCACCGUCCCCGAGGACUGCCCCAUCGGCCAGAAGGAGGCCAAGGAGAGGGAGCUGCAGAAGGAGCUGGCGGAGCAGGAGUCGGUGGAGACCGUGAAAAGAAAGAAAAGUUUCAAGAUGAUUCGGUCCCAGUCCCUGUCUCUGCAAAUGCCAACGCAGCCAGAUUGGAAGGGCCCCCCGACAACCACUCCAGCCAUGUCUCCUGCAACACCUGUGCCCCCUGGAGCCACUUGCCAGCUUGCACCAGCACCUUUUGCCAUGCCCGAGUACCAGCGGGUAACCAUCAGCGGAGAUUACUGUGCUGGGAUCACCGUGGAGGACUAUGAGCAGGCCGCCAAGAGCCUGGCCAAGGCCCUGAUGAUCCGGGAGAAAUAUGCCCGGCUUGCCUAUCACCGUUUCCCACGGACCACAGCCCAGUACUUGGGCCAUUCACGGGUGGAUGCAGCCUCUCCGGGGGAGGGCUUCCCAGAAUUCCACCCUCUCCCACUGCCCCAGGAAGACCCUUACCGUAUAGAUGAUGCUCCCCCCAACCUGGGCUACCUGGUCCGCAUGCAGGGGGGCAUCCUCUUCGUGUACGACGACGAGAAGAUGCUGGAGUGCCAGGAGCCCCACAGCCUGCCCUACCCCGACCUGGAGACCUACACAGUGGACAUGAGCCACAUCCUGGCCCUCAUCACUGAUGGCCCCACGAAAACAUAUUGUCACCGGCGACUGAACUUUCUGGAAUCCAAGUUCAGCCUUCACGAGAUGUUAAAUGAGAUGUCUGAGUUCAAAGAGUUGAAGAGUAACCCCCACCGAGACUUCUAUAAUGUGAGAAAGGUGGACACGCACAUCCACGCGGCUGCCUGCAUGAAUCAGAAGCACUUGCUGCGCUUUAUCAAGCACACGUACCAGACGGAGCCGGACAGAAUCGUGGCCGAGAAGCAGGGCCAGAAGAUCACCCUGCGGCAGGUGUUCGACAGCCUGAACAUGGACCCUUACGACCUCACUGUGGAUUCGCUGGACGUCCACGCGGGCCGGCAGACAUUCCACCGCUUCGACAAGUUCAACUCUAAAUACAAUCCUGUGGGGGCCAGUGAGCUGCGUGACCUGUAUUUGAAAACGGAAAACUAUUUGGGAGGAGAGUACUUUGCUCGGAUGGUCAAGGAGGUGGCCCGGGAGCUGGAGGAGAGCAAGUACCAGUACUCAGAGCCGAGGCUCUCCAUCUACGGCCGCAGUCCCGAUGAGUGGCUCAACCUGGCCCACUGGUUCAUCCAGCACAAGGUCUACUCUCCUAACAUGCGCUGGAUCAUCCAGGUGCCCCGGAUCUAUGACAUAUUUAGGUCAAAGAAACUGCUGCCAAGCUUUGGAAAGAUGCUGGAGAACAUCUUCCUGCCCCUUUUUGAGGCCACAAUCAACCCCCAAGAUCACCGAGAGCUUCACCUCUUCCUGAAAUAUGUGACAGGGUUCGACAGUGUGGAUGAUGAGUCCAAGCACAGCGACCACAUGUUCUCGGACAAGAGCCCCAACCCGGACAUCUGGACCAGUGAGCAGAACCCGCCCUACAGCUACUACCUGUACUACAUGUAUGCCAACAUCAUGGUGCUCAACAACCUCCGCAGGGAGCGAGGUCUGAGCACGUUCCUGUUCCGGCCUCACUGCGGCGAGGCUGGAUCCAUCACCCACCUGGUGUCUGCUUUCCUGACUGCCGACAACAUUUCCCAUGGGCUGCUCCUCAAGAAGAGUCCGGUGUUGCAGUAUCUCUACUACCUGGCUCAGAUCCCCAUUGCCAUGUCUCCUCUUAGCAACAACAGUCUGUUCCUCGAAUACUCCAAAAACCCUCUGAGGGAAUUCCUGCACAAGGGACUGCAUGUUUCCCUCUCCACCGACGACCCCAUGCAGUUCCACUACACAAAGGAAGCACUUAUGGAAGAAUAUGCAAUUGCUGCUCAAGUGUGGAAGCUGAGCACGUGUGACCUGUGUGAGAUCGCCAGGAACAGCGUGCUGCAGAGCGGCCUCUCACAUCAGGAAAAGCAGAAGUUUCUGGGACAAAAUUAUUAUAAAGAAGGACCUGAAGGAAAUGAUAUUCGAAAGACAAACGUUGCUCAGAUCCGGAUGGCAUUCCGAUACGAGACCUUAUGCAAUGAGCUCAGCUUCCUGUCUGAUGCCAUGAAAUCAGAACAGAUCACAGCCCUGACCAAGUAGGUCGAGCACUGGACAUGCAUUUUAACUUUCUGGUUUAAUUUCACAUCUGCUGUGAUUAACGGUGGUCAAGAUACCACACUAGGACUUUCCUCCUGGGAGAGGAUGCCUCUGAAGAAUCUUCAAACCAAGUGAUUUUGGUUGUACCGUUCACUUUAAGACCCGACAUGUCCACUUCUGUUAGUAUUUCUGAGUAAUAGGUGGUGACUGCUCCUUGGGGAUCUGGGAGAUAGACAGCAGUCUGUACUCAUUCCUAAUUUUCCAAAUAUUUCUCUUGAAACCGCUAGUACUUGCAUUGUUAGGGCCAGGAUCUUCCACGGAUCAAGUGGCUACUGACAUGGGGUCUGUGUGGUUUUCUGCCAUAGUCCGCUGUAGGCCGUACAGUCUUUGUGGUAGUUGUUCAUUUCGGCCUCUGGCUGCCUUAAACAAAAUCAAUUUCAAAGCUCCCUGUCAUAAGGAGCUACUUUGAGAGAAUUAAAAUAGAUAACUUCUGCUCUGGCCGAUGUGCUCAGUGGAGAGAGUGUCGGCCCCUGAACUGAAGGGUUGUGGGGUCGAUUCCGGUCAAGGGCAUGUACCUGGGUUGCAGGUUCCUUGCCCCAGUUGAGUGUGCAGGAGGCAACCAAUUGAUGUGG